AAAGAAAUCUCCUAGAAAGGCGUAAACACCACCAAAACAAAAGCACCGCAUUUAUGGGACACCAUUGAUUCUUCUUUGCUCAACAUGCACGUAUGUUAUGCGAAAUAAUCAAGUAAACAUGGUUUUGUAAACGCAGAGUGCACGAAAAGAUUACGAAAAAGAUGGCAUCUCUAUCAUCGCAACCGUCCAAGAAAGCCCUGCGUACCCCCGGAGGGUCUACUAGUUCGCAGGGAAAUCGAUCUUCAAGCGGGCAGACUGUCAAAUUUGCCAGGCGAACUUCAAGUGGGAGAUAUGUGAGUCUGUCGAGAGAAGAUCUUGAUAUGUCAGGCGAGUUAUCGGGCGAUUACAUGAACUACACCGUCCACAUUCCUCCUACGCCCGAUAACCAGCCCAUGGACACCUCUGUCGCGGUCAAAGCUGAGGAGCAAUAUGUUUCUAAUUCUCUCUUUACGGGCGGAUUCAAUAGUGUAACACGCGCGCACCUCAUGGACAAGGUGAUUGAAUCCGAGGUCACGCAUCCUCAGAUGGCUGGAUCCAAAGGCUCCUCUUGUGCAAUGCCCGCAUGUGAUGGCAAAGUAAUGAAGGAUGAAAGAGGAAAUGAUGUGAUUCCUUGCGAAUGCAGGUUCAAAAUCUGCAGGGACUGCUACCUGGAUGCCCAAAAGGAGACAGGUUUAUGCCCUGGCUGCAAGGAGACUUAUAAAAUAGGAGACUACGACGACGAUGUUCCUGACUUUUCUACUGGAGCAUUGCCGUUGCCUGCUCCUAAUAAAGGUGACCCUAACAACAUGACCAUGAUGAAGAGAAACCAGACUGGAGAUUUCGAUCACAACCGCUGGUUGUUCGAAACUAAAGGUACUUACGGCUAUGGGAACGCCUUUUGGCCUCAAGAUGACAUGUACGGCGAUGAUGAGGAUGAUGGAUUCAAAAGCGGAAUGGUGGAAAAUAUGGAUAAACCUUGGAAGCCCCUCAGUCGCAAAAUGCCAAUUCCUGCAGCAAUCAUGAGUCCUUACAGAUUGCUGAUCGUGAUUCGAUUAGUGGUGCUGGGAUUCUUCUUGAACUGGAGAGUUAACAAUCCAAAUGAAGAUGCAAGAUGGUUGUGGCUUAUGUCAGUGGUGUGCGAGAUUUGGUUUGCCUUCUCCUGGAUUUUGGAUCAGAUUCCCAAACUUUGCCCUGUCAAUCGCUCCACGGACCUUGAGGUUCUUCGCGACAAGUUUGAAAUGCCGUCACCCUCCAAUCCUAGCGGACGCUCUGAUCUUCCUGGUGUUGAUUUGUUUGUGUCCACCGCUGACCCUGAAAAAGAGCCGCCCCUUGUCACUGCCAAUACUAUCCUUUCAAUUCUAGCCGUAGAUUACCCUGUGGAGAAGGUAGCUUGUUAUGUUUCCGACGAUGGAGGUGCUCUCCUUACUUUUGAGGCCAUGGCUGAGGCUGCAAGCUUCGCUGAUCUAUGGGUUCCUUUCUGCCGAAAACAUAACAUUGAGCCGAGAAAUCCUGAAAUUUACUUCAGCUUAAAAGUGGAUCCAACUAAGAACAAAAGCAGGCCUGAUUUUGUGAAAGACAGGAGAAGAAUAAAGAGGGAGUAUGACGAGUUCAAGGUGAGGAUCAAUGGCCUUCCCGAUUCAAUCAGGAGAAGAUCCGAUGCUUUCAAUGCAAGAGAGGAAAUGAAAAUGUUGAAGCACAUGAGGGAGAGUGGUGGUGAUCCUAUGGAGCCUAUCAAAAUCCAGAAAGCUACAUGGAUGGCUGACGGCACCCACUGGCCUGGAACGUGGUCCGCUCCUGCCCCUGAGCACUCCAAAGGCGACCACGCUGGAAUUCUUCAGGUGAUGCUAAAGCCUCCUAGUCCUGAUCCACUCAUGGGAGGCGCAGAAGACAAGUUAAUAGAUUUCUCCGACGUUGAUAUACGCCUUCCUAUGUUUGUGUAUGUCUCGCGUGAAAAGAGACCAGGCUAUGACCAUAACAAGAAAGCUGGUGCCAUGAACGCCUUGGUUCGAGCUUCUGCCGUUCUGUCCAAUGGUCCUUUCAUUCUCAAUUUGGACUGUGAUCACUACAUUUACAAUUGUAAAGCCAUCCGAGAAGGAAUGUGUUUCAUGAUGGACAGAGGUGGUGAAAGCAUCUGCUACAUUCAGUUUCCCCAGAGAUUUGAAGGCAUUGAUGCCUCUGACAGAUAUGCUAAUCACAACACUGUGUUUUUCGAUGGACAAAUGCGUGCCCUUGACGGUGUACAGGGUCCUGUUUAUGUGGGAACUGGUUGCAUGUUUAGACGUUUUGCUCUAUACGGGUUCGACCCUCCAAAUGCUGAUAAGUAUGAGCAGAAGAGCAAUGAUGCUCCUGAAAUACGUCCCCUGACCGCCACAGACUUUGACCCUGAUCUUGAUUUGAAUCUACUGCCCAAGCGUUUCGGGAAUUCCACAAUGCUGGCCGAGUCUAUACCAAUUGCCGAAUACCAGGCCAGGCCCCUUGCAGAUCAUCCUGCAGUUAAAUAUGGACGUCCUCCUGGCGCUCUAAGGGUUCCACGAGAACCGCUUGAUGCCACUACAGUGGCUGAGUCGGUCUCUGUAAUUUCCUGCUGGUACGAGGACAAAACGGAAUGGGGUGACAGGGUGGGAUGGAUUUAUGGUUCGGUCACAGAAGAUGUCGUGACAGGCUAUCGUAUGCACAACCGCGGAUGGCACUCUGUGUAUUGCGUAACUAAACGUGAUGCAUUUCGCGGAUCAGCUCCAAUCAACCUGACUGAUCGACUCCACCAGGUGCUCCGCUGGGCUACAGGGUCCGUGGAGAUUUUCUUUUCAAGGAACAAUGCUCUUCUUGCUUCAAGGAAGCUCAAGUUACUGCAGCGCCUUGCUUAUCUUAAUGUCGGCAUCUAUCCAUUCACAUCCAUGUUCCUGAUAGUCUACUGCUUCCUUCCUGCACUCUCCCUUUUUUCAGGAUACUUCAUUGUUCAAACGCUGAGCAUUGCGUUUUUAGUCUACCUCUUAACUAUAACCAUUUGCCUGAUUUUGCUUGCUAUCCUUGAGUUGAAGUGGUCGGGCAUCGGGUUGGAAGAGUGGUGGAGGAACGAACAAUUCUGGCUUAUCUCCGGAACUAGUGCUCACUUUGCGGCUGUUAUGCAAGGUCUGCUCAAGGUUAUUGCAGGGAUUGAGAUAUCUUUCACAUUGACGUCUAAGUCUGCUGGAGAUGAUGUAGACGAUAUAUUUGCAGACUUGUACAUCGUGAAGUGGACGUCUUUGAUGAUCCCACCCAUUGUGAUUGCUAUGACAAACAUAAUUGCCAUAGCCUUUGCAUUUAUAAGGACAGUAUACAGCACAGUUCCACAAUGGAGCAAGUUCAUCGGUGGCGCAUUCUUUAGCUUCUGGGUGUUGGCUCAUCUCUACCCUUUUGCCAAAGGUUUAAUGGGACGGAGAGGGAAGACGCCGACAAUUGUGUUUGUGUGGUCUGGUCUCAUAGCAAUCACAAUCUCUUUACUAUGGAUCGCCAUUAGCCCGCCACAGGCAGCAACAAACCCAGAUGGCACGGGCUCAGGUUUCCAGUUCCCAUGAGCACAAAGCAUCAAAUCAAUUGAAGUCUGGGAAAUCUUUUAUGCAUGUUUUCUCUUCUAAACUGUCUUGUAAAUGAACAAAUAUAGGUAGGGACUAGAAAACACAGGAAAGAGCUGAUUUAUUUUGACACGAACAAACUGAAAAUAAACUUAAAUUUACACAGCUGCUGAUUUG